CAGUUGUCGUUGGUUCAGCUGCAGGCGCGGCUGCCCGGGGGUCACGGAGGAGGCGGCGGCGGCGGCGGCGGCGGCGGAGGACGAGGAGGAGGGGGACGAGGAGGCGGCGGCGCCGCGGGGACCGAUUGUAUGAGGCCCCCUCAGCCACUGGGUGCUGAAGCACGUCCUGUUCCUCCUCGGGGUUGCCAGCUCUAUCUCAGCUACAGCCUGAAGAAGCAUUGUUGCCUUUGACUUCCAGAGUCUUUCGGGCCCUUUAGCGCCUUAAUUUAUUGGCCAGCUCCAGCACUUGCAUCAAUCAUUAUGAAUUUCUCUGAAGUGUUUAAGCUCUCAAAUCAGCUCAGCAAAUUCUCUCCCAAUGGGAAAUUCCUGGCUUCAUGUGUCCAGUACCGUUUAGUGGUUCGAGAUGUGAGCACUCUCCAAAUCUUUCAGCUGUACACAUGCCUGGACCAGAUCCAUCACCUGGAGUGGUCAGCAGACUCCCUCUUCAUACUGUGUGCUAUGUACAAACGAGGGCUGGUACAGGUCUGGUCCUUAGAACAGCCUGAAUGGCACUGUAAGAUAGACGAAGGCUCAGCCGGACUGGUGGCUUCAUGUUGGAGUCCAGAUGGGCGUCACAUUCUCAACACAACUGAAUUUCAUCUACGGAUAACGGUCUGGUCCCUGUGUACAAAAUCUGUGUCUUAUAUCAAGUAUCCUAAAGCUUGUCAGCAGGGAAUAAGCUUUACAAAGGAUGGCCGCUACAUGGCACUGGCAGAAAGGCGUGACUGCAAAGAUUAUAUUAGCCUCUUUGUGUGUAGUGACUGGCAGCUCUUGAGGCAUUUUGAGACAGAUACCCAAGAUCUUGCUGGGAUUGAGUGGGGUCCGAACGGAUGUGUGUUGGCAGCUUGGGACAGUUGUUUGGAGUAUAAAAUUCUGCUGUACUCCUUGGAUGGCCGGUUGUUGUCAACAUACAGUGCAUAUGAGUGGUCACUGGGCAUCAAGGCUAUAGCCUGGAGCCCUAGCAGCCAGUUUUUGGCCAUCGGAAGCUACGAUGAAAAGGUACGGAUUCUUAACCACGUGACUUGGAAGAUGAUUACGGAGUUUGGACAUCCUACAACCAUUAAUAACCCCAAGAUAGUUGUAUAUAAGGAAACGGAGAAGUCUCAGAAUUUAGAAAUGGAGAAUCUUCCCUUCCCACCAACCAGAGCUGCAGCCAGUUCUCUUUUCAGCACGGAGAGUAAAUAUGAGGUGGUCUCAUCUCCAGUUUCUUUACAGACAUUGAAACCCCUCACUGAUCGACCAAAUCCUAAAAUUGGCAUAGGAGUCUUAGCAUUUAGUCCAGACAAUUGCUUCCUGGCAACGAGAAAUGAUAACAUUCCCAAUGCUGUUUGGAUCUGGGACAUACAAAAACUCAAAUUAUUUGUGGUGUUAGAACAUCUGUCGGCUGUUCGUUCAUUUCAAUGGGAUCCCCAGCAAGCCCGGCUAGCUGUGUGCACUGGGAGAAGCCAGGUGUACCUGUGGUCCCCAGCAGGCUGCGUGUCAGUGCAGGUACCAGCAGAAGGUGACUUUCAAAUACUUUCUCUGUGUUGGCACCGAAGUGGGGACUCCAUGGCCCUCCUCAGCAAAGAUCAGCUGUGUUUAUGUUACUUGGAAAAUGAAGGAGUUAAAUAAUUACAGCCAAAAAUCUUAAGGAUUUCUUUGAUAUCUACAGUUUGAGUGAAUAAAUGCUGCUGUGUCCGAAAUCCGAUACACAUUUGUUUUGACGAAGGUGGGAAUCAAAUCUUUGGGUGACUAAGUAACGCCUUCAUUUUAAAUGUUUUUCUAUAGUAAAGUAUCUUUGUACGUAUGUCACAUAGAAAAACUAAAUGUUUUUUAUUAUAAUAAAGACUCAAAAAGUUCACAAAGCAA